AACGUGAGUGUGCAAGCGGCCGCGCCCAGUUCGGGGCGGGCUCUCGCAUCGAUACUGCCCGACAGGUUUUCUCGGCAUUGCAGUAUUGGUGCAGGGAGUGUGAGCCCGGAGCUGCCCGACCCGGGACUCUCAGUGGAAUUGGCAGCGGAGAUCGGAUCCGGCGGUGAGAUCAACCCCCUUCCUCCGGUAGUGGGACCGAGCCUCCUCUCCCCUCCCGUCGCCCCGCCCGCCUGCGCCGGCUCCAGCUCCGGCUCCGCAGAGAACCAGGUCCGAGGGGUGAAACUCUCCGCUCCAGAGCCGGGACUGAGAUCCACCCUCCGGACCGACAUGCCCUCGACGGGACUGCUCGCCGCCCUCUGCUGCCUGGCCGUGACCAGCGCCCAGCACGUGAAGGUGGAGCCCAGCGUCUCGGGCUUCCUGGGGAACCAGGUGGUCCUGCGCUGCCAGUUCGUGGACCCCGCGGCCUCGGUGACGGUGACCCAGGUGACCUGGGUGAAGGACCCCUCAGGAGCCAAGCAGAACCUGGCUGUACACAACCCCGAUCUGGGCACCAAUUACCCCACCAACACUGGCGGGCGCAUCCACUUCCGAGACCCCAGCCUCAGAGAUGCCACACUGGUCAUUGACCGCCUGCUCAUGUCUGACGACGGCAUCUAUAGCUGUGAGUUCGCCACCUACCCCGAGGGCAACCAGGAGGCUGCCACCAACCUCACCGUACUGGCCACACCCAAGAACACGGCGAACCCAGUGGUGGCACGGGCCGGGGACUCGGAGGUGCCCGUGGCCACCUGUACCUCGGCCGAAGGGAAGCCUGCCUCCUCCAUCUCCUGGGAGGGCAACGUUCCCGGGAACGCCUCCACGGAGCACACGCUGAACCCGGACGGUACCACCACCGUCAGCAGCAAGUUCCAGGCGGUUCCCACUGGACCCAUGGAUGGCACAGAGCUGCGAUGUGUGGUGACUCAGCGCACCCUGGGGCAGCCCCAGGUCAUCCCCGUCACCUUGUCCGUGCAGUAUCCCCCCAUCGUGACCAUCGAGGGCUACGACGACAACUGGUACCUGGAGAGGGAACACGCCUCGCUCACGUGUAAUGUGAAGGCCAACCCAGCGGCCGGGGAAUACAAGUGGUACAUGAAUGGCGGAUCGAUUCCCAGCAGCAUGCGGAUGAUGGGUCACCAGCUGACAGUGGACCGGGUCAGUUACCAGGUGAAUGGCACCUUCACAUGUGAGGCCAGCAACUCCCUGGGCAGGUCCAGUGGCAGCGUCGACAUCGUGGUCCGAGACGCCCCGCUGCAGUCUGGCUCGACGACGGGAGCUAUCGUUGGAGGCAUCAUUGCUGCCAUCGUCAUCCUGACGGUCCUGGUCACCGCGGUGCUGAUCUUCCGGAGACAGCGGAAGAACGCGGACACCAGUGACGAGGAACCUCCAAACUACAAGCCACCUCCUCCGAAAGUUGUCCUGACCAACACCGGAAAGAUGGAGACCGUGGACAAGAUGGAGAGCCAGCCGCUGAACGCCGCGUACUUCGAGACCAGCGGCGAGGAGGGCAAUGAGAUGACCCUGCUGCGGAGAUACUCGGAGCCCGGAGAUGACGAGGACCUGAAGUCUCCGCUGGAGAGUGAUCCCGGUGACUAUCUGGAGCAGGAGAAUCCCAUCUACAAUGAGCUGCAGUACCCGGAGCCCGAGCCCGAGCCCGAGCACAGGAAGAGCCAAGAGUUCGUGUCGAAGGGGAUGUACGUGUAGGGCGCACCUGCCCCCCGCGCCCCCUCCGUCCGCCUCCCCCAGGGCAGAGGGGUGCAGGGGGUGGGGGGGAGGGAUCCAUUAACGGUGAGGGACCAGUUUGGUAAUGUCUCUGGGGAGGGGGCAAGGGGGGGUAAGGAGGCGUUCCCUCUGCCUUGCACCCCCUCUCAACAUUCCCUCCGACACUCUUGAGGGCCCCAAACUCAUGCUCCGACAGCUCAUGAGGGCUGGGGCCUAGUCACCAGCAGAGCCUGGGGAACGGGUUGGGAGGGGCAAGUCCGGGGUGGGAAAGGGUCAGGGGUUGGCACCCCAAGGGCUCUGGCAACUCAGAGACCAAAGCAACAUCGAGGGUAACACAGCCCCCAGAGGCCUGAGGUAGCGGGGGGUCCCAAGUGGGAAUGAAAUCCCCACCCUCUCUCCCUGAAAGCCAGGGCCGGAUCUUCUUCUCUCCCUCCCACUGACCAUGGGGAGACUCCCCCCCCUUUCCUCCCUGCCAACCCCCGCCUUGUGUGGGAUCUUGCUGUGUCUUUUAAUCAUCCAUUCAGUGCCUAGAUUCUUCUGCCAGCGCAGAUCCUUUUGAUACUUCGGUUGGACGCGGUGCCCUCCCCACCAGGAGAAGACCCAGACCCAGCCUGCCCCGGCUGCCCUCCAUGGGGGAGGGAAGAAAGGAGACGGGCCGAAGGGUCUGGAAGCCGAGGCGCUGCCCUGCUGACACCCCGGUGGAGCACGCCUGCCAUCUGCUGGCCGUGCCCAUCAACUGCGGCCGGUUCACCCACCGCCGCUUCACAGACUGGCGGGGUGGGGCGUCCCCCGGGCUCGGGUGGGGGGGGGGGCGUCUGCGGAAGCCGAUAUUUGUGGGAGGGGCGGGUCGGGAGCUCGUCUGUUGUGUGUUGGACUGGGGUGUGUGUGGGGUUGUUGUUGAAUGGGGAGGGGGGAGGGGGGAGGGGGAGGGGGCAGGGGUGUUAACACCCACCCGUCUGACUGUGAACGUGUACAACGCUAACUGGUGACGGUCCGAGAUAUCUUCAUACACUACGUGGGACCAGAAAUUACUGCUGAAUCCUUCUGGGCUUGACACUUUAUGGUGUGUGUGUGUGUGUGUGUGUGUGUGUGUGAGUGAGAGAGAGAGAGUGUUUAAGGUGUUUCCCACCUGCCUUGGGAUGCCCUCUUCACUGUGACUUUGACACUGGGACCACAUUGAGCACUAACCCCCCCCGCACCCCGGGACGUCCACCAGUGAGAGGGGGUGGUCUUCCCGCUACUCUCUGGACCCCUGUGUUGGGGGGGGGGGGGUUAAACCUCUUUGAUGGGAAAUAAAUUAUCUUUUUAUAUCAGCAAAUAAACAUUUUCUGUACAC